AUGGCCACCAAGGUUGACAAAGAGGCUUGCUGGGAGGCCUACAACCUGGCGCGAGACGACGGCUUGGCCGUCAUCUGGGUGACUUUUAAAUAUGAUGGCUCCACCAUCGUCCGUAUCGGGCAAGGAGUGGAAUACCAGCACUUCAUCCCACAGUGCACAGAUGAGAUCUGGUUGCUUGCCUUCGUGUGCGUCACCACGAGGGAUGCCACCCUCAUCACGUGGAUCGGCGAGAAUGUCAAGACCCUGGUGAAGGAGGUCAUACAGGAUUUCACUAAGGAGUUUGUGAUCAGUGAUCAGAAGGAGCUGGAGGGAGAUUUAAUGAAAAGCGAACUGAAGAAGACUGGGGGAAUCAAUUACAACGCCCAGAUGGAGUAACCCCAGCUUCCCCACUGCCCCUUGCCAAAGUCAUCUGUCUGCUCCCCGGGGAAGGGGCCCUCCGGCCUCAGCUACCAACCCACCAGCCCACCAGGGAGAAAAGAAUCCAUGAGAGGCAGUGCCCGCCACCCUGUGUCCACAGCCCCCACCUUCCUGCUUCCCUUAGAACACUGCUGUGUCUUAUCUCAUGAAGCUUGUGGAACCCCUUUCUUUGAUUUUUUUCUUUUCUCCCCCUCUCUUUUGUUCUAAAGAAAAAUUAUUUUGAUGCAAGGUCCUGCCUGUCAUCAGAUCCGAGGUGCCUCCUGCGGUAACCCCUUUUCCUGGCAUUUCUCUUACACAUAAUGAGGCUGCCUAGUGGGAUCUGUGCAACCUCAUGUUGCUUCUGGAGCCUAGAUUUAUUUUGCCAUCUCAGUUUUCUUGGGUCCCCCUUCCUGUUUACCACUGAGGGGCAGCUGGGCCAGGAGUGGCACCUGGUGACUGCAGCCUUCAUAAGCACACAAGUCCAUUCCUGUAGUCAGUCCCAGACCUCCUGGAGUCUGCCCCGGGCUCCCUCAUCCCACCUUCAUCCAGAGUUGCCUAAGUUGCAUCUCCAGCAAACACAGGAUUGCUCAGUGGUGAGAAGGUUAGGUCUGGCUCUGAUCGAAUAAGAGAUAAAAUUUGCCUUAAAACUUGCC